AUGUCAGAGGCUACGCUCACAAACGGGCCUAUAGCCCCACCACCCGCCGUCGUCAACGCCAACCCACCACCAGCGUCCACCCUGCUACCCAACCAAAACCCAACCCUGACCCAAGUCGGUCCAACUCCCGCCAUCUCGUCCCAGCAGCGAUCAGAACUAGAACAAUACAUGCGGCGGGACGCAAUGUUCCUCCCGGCGUUUGAGCAACAACGGCAGAUGCAGAUCGCGUUGAUGAACGAGAAACAGCUCGAGAUUCGCCAGACACAGCAGACAGGAACCGAGAUCUUUGGGCCAGGCUACAACCCCGCGUACGGUAACGGCAGCAACGCAGCCCCUCAUAAUCCGGCAGUAGGGGGUCCACAAGGAAGCAACGCGUUUCAUAUCGUCUACCCAGCUCACCGAAAGCGCGCCAGAAAGUCAAAGGAGUUUACAUUUACCAAGGCAAUGAUCGAGGAACAGGCGCAAAAGGAGGACAUCCUGGUACCCAUACGGCUGGAGGUAGAAGUGGAUGGACUUGUGUUACGCGAUACCUUUACAUGGAACCUGCACGAGACGCUCAUUACGCCAGAACAUUUUGCUGAGGUCCUGUGCGAGGACAUGCAGUUCCCAGCGCCCCAGUUUGCCCCACAGAUUGCAAAGUCAAUUCGCGAGCAAAUACAGGAUUAUCAUCUACCUGUCUUGAGCUCCAACCCGACAAUGAUGGAGGACCAAGAGCAACCAGCUGGAGAAGACACCCGGCCAUCACAGGAACUUCGUAUUCUGAUCAAAGUUCAGAUUCACACGAAGUGUCUCAACCUCAUUGGAUACAGUUACGACGGUGGCUCUGUCCACGACGAGGACUUGAGGAGCAGUUUUCUGCCAAAGAUCACAACUAUUUUACGAGAGGAGGAAGCUGUUGAACAGUUCACGCCUAUUCUGGAGAAGCUGACCGAGCCUGAAAUCGAUAAACUGGAGCGGGAUCGUGAACGCGAUAAAAGAUGCUCAGCUGCAUCAACACGACCCGGCACUGUCCAACAGGCUGGGUCCAGCGACAAGGAGAACUACAAUGGCACAUGA